GCGACAGUGCGCAGGGAUAUAACAAAUAUACCAUCGAGCGAUUUUUGAGGUGUGUUUUUUUAUUUUUUAUGUAUUACUUUUUUGAACUCAUAUUGUUUUGAGAAGCCAAACUCCUUACAUGUGCAACCGCAGCGACUACCUGGAACUACUUUCUUCAUCAACAAAAUCCAACCAGAACUGGACUUACGGGACCAAGUGGGGGGGUAAGACGCUGUUGAUGGACUACACUGCUGAUGGGAAUGUCAUACAACUUAAUGUCAAAAAGUCCAAACUAUCUCUUUAAGGAGUGACAGCAUCCCUCUACUGGUCACCGUGGUAACAGGAGAGCGUUUUAAAGUAAUUGGAGUUCAGCACCACAUCAAACACCACCAUUACUCAGCUCCCUGCUCUUCAGGGAACCCAACUAUAGCCCAGCUAACUGCUUACAAAGCAACAUCCAGGAGUUUUUAUUAGACCGAGGUUUCCUCCUUAGGCCCGGGUUGGCUAUUUGAAGCCAGUAAAAUGGUGUACGUUUGUCUAUUGUGUAAAUAGCUCAACCGCAAGCAUGAUUAUGCAGCAUGUGCACACAUAAAAAGCGGCCGCCAUCAGAGAGGCGAGGGCCGAGCAGUAGUUCUUCCCGGGGACAGAUGAAGCUGCAGCACAGCUGGGAGACAUUGACACAAAUUGACGGCCUGUACACCACGAUGUUGUCAUUUCUUUCAUUUAAUACAUACAUUGUAACUCUGGUCCCGACAUGCAAGCGUAGACUGUAUAGCAAAUGUGCAUUAAAACACACACGAAUGUAUAGUAAAGCAACAGCUGUUUUCAUUUUACCUUUUAACUGUCAGCUGAAUAAUUGUUAGCUGCAGCCUCCGUCAUUUCCUCAUUCUUUUAUGUCAAGUCACGCUUUAAAGUAAUGGUUAUCUGACACAUACCCGGCACCUCCCCGCAACAAACAGCCAAUCGCCUGUGAGGGAGGAUGCUUAUUUGACUUUUUAAAAAGUGAAGUGGUGUGGUAUGGCAUGGUUUCAGACGAGUUACAUUAAGUAAAAUCACAUUUGCUCAAUUCAGCAUGGCUGAAAAGGAGCAGGAAGAAGCAGAGCUUAUUUAACCCCAAUCCUUCUCCUGAUCAUUCAUUCACACCGUAUCUUUUACAUGUUGACACCUGCAAUAUCCUGCUUGCUUACACUUUGUCAUUCAAGCCCUGUGUAAAGAAGGAAAGGAAAACACAGUAAACUUCUUAAUGCUUAGUGUGUUUGCCUUUUCUCUGUGUACUGGUUAUAUUUAGCCCUAUAAGGCAUAAUAAUAAUAAUGAUGAGCCUCGCACAUGGGUGUUGGGGCGGGAUCUCAAGUGACACGGAUACAUUUGGACUAAUUAUGACCUACGAUCAACACCAUGGUUACCCCAGCAGGAGGCAAACAGCGUGAGAAUGUGCGGAUCUGUAUGAGAUGGCAAAUAACAGGCCUGCAGACAAGUCCUUAGACAACAAUGCAUACGCACGCGCAGCCAGAUUAUACGUUUUAUGUAAAGCCUCCACUUAAGUGUUGGUUUUUCACCAAAGCUUGAUGUCUUUGUUUUUUGACUGCUAAGUUUUUUCUUUAAGUUUAUUUUUAGUUUAUCCUCAUUUUGAAAUACUAUUUUGUACUCAGCUUUAUUUACAAUAGUUCAUAAAAGUGAGUACACUCCUCACAUAUUUGUAUUUUUAACGCCACGUCAGUGGUUCUCAAUCACUUUGUAUUACCCAAUACCCCAAUAAGAGAAAAUAAGCCAUUUAAGACAUAAAUAAAACCCAUGCUCGUGUGUGUCGCAGUAAGUGUAGUCCGGAUGUGUGGAGGACAGGAAGUGACGUCAGGGGGUCAGAGCUUGGCAUGGGUUACGGCAGCAACAGUAGGCCGUGUUAUUAUUAGGAUUAUUAUUGUGAGAUCAUUCAAAUCUGCCAUAAAAGGCCUUUACAGCGACCAAGUCUGGUGCUUGUGUGUCUUACCCAUCAUUACAGUAACAUUACCGACACCUGGUGACCAGUCUAGAAUACUAGAGUCACAAUUUGAAUGCGUCUUCUUAAUGUCUUAUAUACUACUCACAAAAAGUCAGGGAUUUGCACAACUGUAAUGUUAGACAACAGCAAGUUGUGCGUUACGUGCUUUAAGUAUUGAACAUGUUGGACAUGUGCAUUCAAAAUUAGAGAAGCUCAAAUUAAGUUCACCCGUAAAGGUUAUACAGUAGUGUAUUUGGAGGAGCGCUAGUGCUGGGGUCCGUAGACGUGUUGAAGACAUUGGUUUUGCUAUCGAGCAUGCAACCCUGAGGACCCCACGAAGUCCCUGGUGAGCACCUAAACCAAAAGCAGUGGACAACCUUCAACCGCCUGAGGACAGGUGUGGGACGUUUCCGUUUCAGGAUGUUUCAGUACAGCGGUGGGGCCUUGCAGACAGUGCCCAUUAUGAAUGUGGAGAGUGAAGACAUGAAAUUCAAGCCGCUAUGUGGCGAGGGAGGACUUUAUCCACAUGUAUUUACGUCUUUGUGUUGAAUUCAAGAGCAUUACUACAGAAAGUCCCCCUGCCUCUCACCUGACACCACCCCUGACACCUCACAGGACCCUGCCAGACGGGUGUGCCCCACCAUAUGAGAGGCGCUGCCCUACACCAUGCUCCAUGAACCAGGAAAUUGCCGGCUAAUUAACAAUUGGACAAGCAAAUAGGGCUUUUUUUUGCAUGAUUGUUAACAGUUUGGCAUUAGCUGACACCUGCACUUUACUAUUGGUUUAACAAUUCACACAGUCAGUGACUCAUGUCAUGCAAUGUGUUUCAAUGUUAAAAAAUAGCUUUUUUCAUCUGCGUCUUGAGCCACACACGGUGAAAAUUAAGAAUUUAGGCUACGCCCAACGCUAUGGCGAAGACUGAGAGACAAUUAGAGCGGACACCAGUGAGUGUUGCAGUACAAGACAUCUACCAGAGCAGUUCUGUGCACUCUGUCCACAUGCUGCAUGCUUCAUCUCGAAAUCCGCCCACUCCCUAUUUUCCCUCCACUCUCUGCUCUAUUGCUCACAACUCUGCAACAACCUCCCCAGAGCCUCACAUACUGUACUAGCGUUGUUGCCAGCCUUUAGUCUGGAGCACCCUGGCUUUCCCUUCAGGCGCCAACACACACUACAAAGUUUAUGCAGUCUGCAGCAAAGGGUGUGUGUUAUCGCCACUGCGGCAGCACCGGUGGCUUUCUGCAAAAGUGGAAGGAGUGGUGUGACUGGGAGGAAAAUAAUCAAAAGACAGUGCUGCAGAGUGACAGUGAGGAAAAAUGAUGCGGCUUUGUGUACUGUGUAGCAGCUGGUUCUGGUCGUUAUUGCUGUCUGCCAUUUGUUGGGGUGAGCUUGGCUGGGCUGAGCUGGGCUGGGCUGGGCUGGACUGUACACAGAUGCAGUCAGUGAGUGUGUGUGUGUGUGUGUGAGAGAGAGAGAAAGAGAGAGACUGGCGGUGUGUUUUCUCAGCCAUAUCCACAGAAUCUGUAGCAGUACACUAGUGGAAGCUUGUACGGAAGGUUAGUUAGGAUGGAGCGUUCGCUGCCUGACAGGGCUUGAGGAAGGGCUUGGCACCACUGGCUGGACCAGCGGCUGCUUUCCACCAUCUGGCUUCACAACAGGUGACAUGGGUUGUUCUGCCAGUGUGGUUCUACUUCUACGGUCGGUGGGUGGGGCAGACUGCGGCCACAUGUGUUCAAGGCAGGACCAAACGUCAGCGGAUGCUGCGACACCCACCCUGGAAGGCUACACCGCCGCCAGCUCACCUCUGACCAUCAUUGUCAUGCAAGAGAAGCCCAAGCUGAUUGAUCCUCUCGACUAUGAGGCUGUCAUCUCCGAACUGGGAGCUGAGCUCAAGGAAGACCCUCUUAGAGAGCUGCUUCUGUUUCCUGACAAUGAUUUCACAGUAUCCACAGUGCCCCAAGAGAGAAGGACUCUCAGGUCAGCUGUUCCUGAGGGUGCAGAUCUCCAGGCUGAAUGUCUGCUGGUCAGACAGGCCUGCAAGUAUUACAACUCGGAUCUAAACGUGGUCCAGUUUAAGUAUGACGACUAUGCUGGAGACUACCGCCUGCUGCCAAGGAAAUUAUACAAAGCGGAGAAGCUGCCUUCCCAUUCAUUUGAGAUCGACUAUGAGGACAUGGACAAAGAUGAGGAUACCACCUCCCUGUCCUCCUCCAAAGGAGGUGGUGGAGGAGGAGGAGGAGGCGGGGGAGGAGGUGGAGGAGGAGUUGGAGUGUUUCGGUCGGGCUGGCUAUACAAGGGCAACUUUAACAGCACUGUCAACAACAGUAUCACUGUGCGGUCAUUCAAGAGGAGAUACUUCCAGCUGACGCAGUUGACGGACAACUCCUACAUCAUGAACUUCUACAAGGACGAGAAGAUCUCCAAGGAACCCAAAGGUUGCAUCUUCCUUGACUCAUGUACCGGUGUGGUGCAGAAUAAUCGUCUGAGGAAGCAUGCCUUUGAGCUGAAGAUGAACGAGGUCACAUACUUCGUGCUGGCCGCGGAGACUGAGCAGGACAUGGAGGAGUGGAUCAGCACCUUGACACGCAUCUUGCAGAUCACGCCUCACGACGGGCCCGCUCCGGACCGCAAGAGUCUGGACCUGUCUGACCAUCGCCAGGAUGUGUUCGACCUGUCAUUGACCGACUGCUGUUUGCAGGAGAACGAAGAUGCGACGGAAAACGGCAUUAACCCUGAGCUAGCUAAGUAUAUCUCAGAGACAGAUGAGGGAAUUCGAUGUGCUCGGAGAGAAGAGCGAUUGAAUCUUUUCUCACUUGACCCCGACACUCCUGUGCUGAGGAGCCCACGAGUGGAACACCCAUCAAGUGAAAACACCACAGCGCGUCCUUUUGAGGAGAAACUGGGUAGAAGGUUCAUGGUGACCUGCCGAUCGCUGAACUUCAUGCUGCAGGGCUGCAUCAGUGAGAGUGAAACAGGACCGGUCACUAACAUUGAGCCUUUCUUCGUGUCGUUAGCACUGUUGGAUAUAAGAGAUGGGAGGAAAGUAUCUGCUGACUUCCAUGUGGACCUCAACCACGAGGCAGUUCGUCAGAUGCUGGGGGGUGUCAGCAACGGGUCAUGCAGUGCGGGCACUGGCUCAGGAGCUCAGGAGAACGGCCUGUGCUCUCCUGCGGAAAAGAGUUCAGGAGAUAGUCAUCCUAGCGUGGAGUUGGAGCACUGGUUAUGCUUUCCUAAACAGGCGAUAUUCUCAUUGACCAACCCUCACGUGGACAUCGUGAUGGUGGCCAGAGUAGAGAAAGUGCUGAUGGGAAAUAUUGCUUGUGGGACAGAGCCAUACAUCAAGAACACAGACUCCAGCAAGACUGUCCAAAAGAUUCUAAAAUCCAACAAACAGUUCUGUGGUAAGCUGGGAAAAUACCGAAUGCCCUUUGCUUGGUCUGUCAGGUCCCUUUUUAAGGACAACCACGGGGCACUGGACCGAGAGUCUCGGUUCUCGCCUCUCUUCAAACAGGAGAGCAACAAGAUUUCCACAGAAGACCUGAUUAAGCUCGUGUCAGAGUACAGAAGGGCUGAGAAGACAAGCAAGCUUCAGACCAUCCCUGGGACGCUGGAUGUCACAGUGGACUAUGUUCCACUGGAGCUUCCAAACUGUGUUACAUCCUCCUACAUACCUGUGAAGCCCUUUGAGGAUCUGAGCAAACACCAACCCACAGUGGAGGUGGAGGAGUUUGUCCAAGACACCACCAAGUUCACUCAGCCGUACCGUGUCUAUAGAAACCACAUCUAUGUCUACCCCAAACAUCUCAAAUACGACAGCCAGAAGAGCUUUGCCAAGGCUCGUAAUCUAGCAGUCUACGUGGAGUUCCGCAGCUCAGAUGAAGAACUUGCCAAACCUUUAAAGUGCAUUUACGGCAAGCCAGGAGGUCCAGUCUUCACCUCAGCGGCCUGUUCCACCGUCCUGCAUCACUCUCAGAACCCCGACUUCUACGAUGAGGUGAAGAUCGAGCUCCCGACACAACUUCACGAAAAGCACCAUCUGCUCUUCUCGUUUUACCACGUCACUUGUGAUAUCAAUGCGAAGACCAACGCUAAGAGGAAAGAAGCCCUGGAGACCCCUGUGGGCUACUCUUGGCUGCCUCUCCUCAAAGAGGGUCGUCUGUCAUCUCAGGAGUUCAACAUCUCUGUCUCCAGUAACCUGCCACCUGGUUACCUGGCAACAAAAGAGGCCAGCAACACCAAGAAUGGAGCUGAUGUGAAGUGGGUGGAUGGGGCCAAGGCCAUCUUCAAAGUGUCCACCAAUGUGGUGUCAACUGUAUACACUCAGGACCCCCACCUGAACCGAUUUUUCCAGCAGUGCCAGAAAAGAGAGCUGGACCUCUCGCUACCUCCUACCUCCAACUUCCUCAACUGCCUGAAGGGUCUCCUCAGUAUGGAGAAAAUCCCAGUGAUCAUCAGAUUUCUGCCGGUGCUUUUCAACCAGCUCUUCAAGGUUCUGACUCAGACUGACAAUGAUGAGGUCACUACUGCCACCACCAGAGUGCUGGUCCACAUUGUAUCCAAGUGCCAUGAGGAAAACCUUGAUCAUUAUCUGCACUCCUAUAUUAAGUAUGUAUUCAAGUCAGAGGCUCAUGGCUUCAGGACGGUGCACGAGGAGUUGGCCAAAGGCAUGACUUUUGACCUGAAGAGCAACGAGCAAGCAGCAGUCAGGAACGUCUUGAAGUUUUCUUGGUUCUUCUUUGAACUGAUUGUCAAGUCCAUGGCCCAACAUCUGGUGGACUCGGACAAAGUGAAGCUUCCAAGGCCGCAGCGUUUCCCCUCGUCUUACCAGAGCCGUGUGGAAACCCUGGUUGAGACGGUGUCUGAUCACAUCUUCUGGAAGAACAAAGACCUGGCAGAGGAGUCGCGCAGCGCCAACUUAGCUGUGGCAGCUUUUGUCAAGCGUUGCUUCACUCUGAUGGACAGAGGCUUCACCUUUAAACUGAUCAGCAACUACGUCAACAUGAUCACUGCAACUGACAGCAAGGUGUUGUGUGAACUGAAGUUUGAGUUUCUGAGAGAGGUGUGCAACCACGAGCACUACAUUCCGCUCAGCUUGCCCCUGCCCUCCGCUCGCAUCACAGACCAUGCAUCCCCAGAGCCACAAAGCACUCAUGCUUCUGUGCCUGAGUACAACCUGACCGGAGAGUUCUGCAGGAAGCACUUCAUGACGGGCCUGCUGUUACGAGAACUUGGGCUGGCCCUGCAAGAUGAGCAGGACCUGAGGCACCUGGCUUUGGCCACCCUGAAGACCCUCAUGGCCAAGCACUCUCUGGAUGCACGCUACGCCACCAAGGAGAAGCAAGCAAGAAUAGCAUCUCUCUAUCUUCCUCUCUAUGGUCUGAUCCUGGACAACAUGCCUCGCUUCUUCCUCAGGGACCUUUUCCCCAUUUACCUGACCUCCAGCGGUCAGGGUUCUCGAGACGACCUCAGCGUAGGAGGAGGUGUGGCCGGAGGGACGCUGCCCGUCACUCGCCACGGCAACUCAGUGGAUGCCUCCUUUUCCAAAGAGGUGCUCAACUCCAUCACAGCCUUUUCAUCCUUGGCAGUUGCUACGGGCAACCAGGCCGACUCUCGGGGCUCCCUAAUCAGCGUGGACUCCAACCCCAGCAACAGUGACAGGAACAGUGAGAAGAUGGAUGGCUGCGAGAAGUUUGCUCGGCCUCAGUCCCUCAUAGGCUACGGUUCUCGCUGUGACAAGCUAGACCAGGCGGAGACCCGCAGCCUCCUCAUGUGCUUCCUGCACAUCAUGAAAACCAUAUCUGAAGAUGUGCUAGUUUCCUACUGGCACCGGGCCAUUCACCAGGAGAUCUCGGACUUCUUUAAAAUAUUAGAGCUCUCUCUGCAGCACUUCAGAUUCAUGGGCAAGCGCCACAUCGCCAGGAAGCUAGCAGCGGCACUAAAGCUGGCCCAGUCCACCCACGCCAAUGGCACCCUGAAGGUCCCUAACCAUCCCUCCCAGCCCUCAAGCCUCCUCCCGCAAUGGAUGGCUUCUUCAGGAGCGGAAGGUCACCGACAGGCUCGUUCCCAGACCAUGCCCAUCAUCCGGGGAAAGAAUGCCCUCACCAACCCCAAACUGCUGCAGAUGAUGGAGACCGAUGGGAAUAUCCAGGAUGGGGACAAUUUGAGUCCCACUGAUGUGGAGGCCAACUUGUCUACUGAGGUGGCACUCACUGUGCUGGAUGUUCUAGAGCUCUUUGUUCACCAUCACAAGAAGCAACUGCUGAUGGAUGAUGGACAGAACGCCCUGAUGAAGAAGGUGCUGGACACCUACUUGCUUUUCUUUCAGAUCAACCAAUCCACCGCCACCCUGCGCCACAUCUUUGCAGCGCUCAGGCUCUUUGUGCAAAAGUUCCCCAGUGCGUUCUUUCAAGGUAAAGCGGACCUUUGCGGCUGUCUUUGCUACGAGAUCCUCAAAUGCUGCAACCACCGCUCUAGCUCCACCCAAACGGAGGCAGCUGCCCUGCUCUAUUUUGUCAUGAGGAAGAACUUUGAGUUUACUAAAGGCAAAUCUAUAGUGCGCUCGCAUCUUCAGGUGAUCAAGGCAGUGAGCCAAUUGAUAGCCGAUGCUGGCAUUGGAGGCUCCAGAUUCCAGCAGUCGCUGGCCAUCGUGAAUAACUUUGCCAAUGGAGACGCCCCACUCAAGAAUUCCCCCUUCCCAGCCGAGGUGAAAGACUUGACCAAGCGUGUUAGGACGGUGCUGAUGGCCACGGCUCAGAUGAAGGAGCACGAGAAGGAUCCUGAGAUGCUGGUGGACCUUCAGUACAGUUUGGCCAAUUCGUACGCCAGCACUCCCGAGCUGCGACGCACCUGGCUGGAGAGCAUGGCCAAGGUCCACGUCCGCAAUGGAGAUCUCUCUGAGGCUGCUAUGUGCUACAUCCACAUCUCUGCUCUGAUUGCUGAGUCACUUAAGAGGAGAGGCUACUGGAGAGCAGACAAGGCCCGGAUGUCCAGUGUGUCCCCCGAAGAAAGUCCUGUGUUUAAAUGUAGCUCCUUACUAACUACCUCCCGAGACCAAGACACAUCGUUUUCUCUGGGCUGGGCAGCCUUCAUGUGCAUCAGUCCUAAUGUCAAGGAGGAGGGAGCCAUGAAGGAAGACGCCGGCACGCAGGACACUCCUUACACUGAGGACACCUUGGUGGAGCAGCUGGAGCUGUGCGUGGACUACCUGUGGAAGUCGGAGAGAUACGAGCUCAUCGCUGACAUCAACAAGCCUGUCAUUGUUGUCUUUGAGAAGAGGAGAGACUUCAAGAGGCUGUCGGAGCUGUACUACGACAUCCAUCGCUCUUACCUGAAGGUGACAGAGGUGGUGAACUCAGAGAAGCGCCUUUUUGGACGCUACUACCGUGUAGCAUUCUAUGGACAGGGUUUCUUUGAGGAGGAGGAGAGCAAGGAGUUCAUCUACAAGGAGCCCAAGCUGACCGGCCUGUCGGAAAUCUCCCAGAGAUUGCUAAAACUCUACUCGGACAAGUUCGGAGCCGACAAUGUCAAAAUGAUUCAAGAUUCCAAUAAGGUCAACCCCAAAGACCUGGACCCAAAGUUUGCCUACAUUCAGGUGACGUACGUGCUGCCUUACUUUGAUGAGAAGGAACAACAGGACAAAAGGACGGACUUUGAGAGGCAUCACAACAUCAACCGCUUUGUGUUCGAGACACCCUUCACGCUCUCCGGGAAGAAACACGGAGAUGUGGAGGAGCAGUGCAAGAGGCGCACCAUUUUAACCACAAGCUCCAGCUUCCCUUACCUGAAAAAGCGUAUCCAGGUGGUGGAGCAGCAGAGCACGGAGAUGAACCCCAUCGAGGUGGCGAUUGACGAGAUGUCGCGGAAAGUCUCCGAGCUCAACCAGCUGUGCAACAUGGAGGAGGUGGACAUGAUCCGACUGCAGCUUAAACUGCAGGGAAGCGUCAGUGCCAAAGUGAAUGCAGGCCCGAUGGCCUACGCUCGGGCCUUUUUAGAAGAGAAGAAUGCCAAGAAGUAUCCAGACAACCAAGUCAAACUGCUCAAGCAGAUCUUCAGGCAGUUUGCAGAAGCUUGCGGCCAGGCGUUGGACGUGAAUGAGCGUCUGAUCAAGGAGGACCAGCUGGAGUACCAGGAGGAGAUGAGAGCUCACUACAGGGACAUGCUGAGCGAGCUGUCGGCCAUCAUGAAUGAGCAGCUGCGAAAACGUCUUCUGGCCUCCAGCGCCACCUCUCUCUCUAACAGCUCUCUUUCCACUCUGUCUAAGACUGAUUCCUCACUCAAGGCAACCCGGAACGGAGCGCCACAGCGGCUUCUGAACGGCUAAAAAGGUAGCUGAGGACUCUCGCCUUGUGCUUGUUUGUGGUAGAAGAAGACAAAGGAAAGAAGAAGACGUGUGUAGACUGUGCUCGUGCUAGUCUUGCUAUUGUCCUGUUGUUGAACGUGGCCCAGGGGCGGGGAUGGAUGCGCUUGGUUCUGUUUGUUUUGGUUCUAGAAGAGUGGGUCAGCCUCAUCAGCUUACACGCUGACAAGCAAAAACAUGUUACUUAGAGACACAUGCGCCUUCUCGCCACAGCGUUGCCCUUUAGAGUACAGUGUCCUUACUGAGCUCGAGCUUCACGCGUCAUUACGUCGCUUCCCUGGUGCAUUUUCAACUUUUCAAAUACGAAAUCAGACUAAGUAAGCUAACAAAAGAAAGAGCUGAAGGCACCUCGACUUGGUGUUUUGAAUGUAAAGCAGCUCCACAGUGCUAAUUUGUAUCCUUUGCUAACGUGACCCGAAAAUCAGCUCGCCCAUUUUCAAGUGGAAAUGCUCAAAUUAAAAAAAAAAAAAAAAAGGAAAAAAUGAUAGGUUUUGUAACAUUUUUAUGGUGCAAAAUGCAUUGUUACUGUUAUUAUUUACUGUUUUCAAUUGUAUAUAAGAAAUAUUAAUAUUUAAAACAUUUGAAAUGUUCCUUUUUUAAUGAAAUAUACAUAUAAAUAUUUGUUUAGCUGACUUUAAAAAAAUGUUUUAUGUAUAACAUUGAAAUAAAAAUUUGUUAAUGAGUGAUUGC